GUCAAAAAGUUACACAAGCCCGGGAUGAGGUUGUACAACAGGACGGUUUUACAACCUUAAACGAGGCUGCACGCCCACAGUCACUUGUACCGGUCACACCUGAGCUUUCAUAAGAGGUCUUAUUACAGAUACAGAUAUUCAACCUAUUGGGUGAAUCAUUUGACAGACUCGUCCACGCCGUCUCGCCUUCUGGACUAAAACCGUAAAAGAAACGCGCUUUUUUUCGUUUUUCACUAGCGUCUUUGAGUGACCAUACACUAUUGGGAAUAUACCAGUAUGUUAAUGUGAUUGUCUCGUCGUCGCAACAACAAAAAACAAGCAACCCUCAGCUGUAUGACUGUCGCAGGCUCCGCUGCUUUUAUACCGCUCACAUUGGGGACAAUUGUAGCCUGAGAAGUGUUGAUCUCCCAAACAAACCUUUCAGCCAUGGAGUUGAGUUCGGUGAUUUUAACGACCGGGGGCUCCUUCGGAUUUUUUAGACUAGUCAACGCUGGAGCAGGAAAGCUCCCUAUGCCUGAAUCUGCGCGCAGGAACGCAUGGAAAUGGAGAAAUAUCUGUGUAUCCUUCGUGCACAGUUUCAUCACUGCGAUAUGGGCAGUGCUUUGCUUCUACCGUCACCCACAGAUGGCUGAAGAUUUGAUAGAAACUCACUCUGAGUUUUCUCAUGCUUUGGUGUCGUUUUCCAUCGGUUACUUCAUCUAUGACUUCUUUGACAUGGUGAUGAACCAGAAGUUGAGUCAGUCCUGGGAGCUUCUCUUUCAUCACUUGGUGGUGAUCACCUGUUUCGGCCUCUCGGUGCUGUCCUGCCGCUAUGUGGGGUUUGCCGUGGUGGCCCUGUUGGUGGAGAUAAACUCUGUGUUCCUCCACCUCAGGCAAACCCUGCGUAUGGCCAACAUUGCCACAGGCACCCUGUACCGGGUCAACAGCAUGAUCAACCUGGGCACAUACGUGGUGUUCCGCAUCAACACGCUGGCCUGGAUGACCCGCUGGCUGGUGCUCAACAGGGACAAGGUGCCCCUCCUGGCCUACACGCUGGGCAGUGUGGGUAUGGCCAUCAUGACGGCCAUGAACAUUGUUCUGUUUUAUCGGCUCCUCAGGAGCGAUUUUUUGAAGAGCAGCACCCGGGAGACCAAGAAAGAGAAGGAGAUGGAUUAGAGAUGGAUUAGAUUCAUAAACAUGCCCGUUACUGUUAACACAGAGAUUUGGUACCGUUUUGCUUGUGUGUGUGUGUGUGUGAUAUUCUCAAAGAGAGAUCCUUCUAUCUCUCAUACAUUCAUACAAACUGUAAUCAUUUGACUUCACUUCAAACACAGAUCACACACAGCCAUUAUGUUAAAAAGCUACAUUUAGUUGUAGUUUUAAUUUUAGGCUUCUGUAUCUGUGUGUGUGGUACAGUCAUCUUCAAGUGCCACUAGUGGCUCACUAAUGGUACAAGGAGGAUUCUUCAUAUCAACAAGGUAAAUGCCUUACUGUCCCACAGGGACAGGGCACUUUCUUAAGAUAAACCCACCAACUGUCAUAUUAUAUCAAUAGAAAACAUGGAACUAGUAUAAAAUAUCUUUAGUUAUAUCAUAAGAAUAGCCUUAUUGUUUAUAUAUAAAAUAUUUUUUUGUUUUAACUUACUGUCGUGGGUUAUUCAAAAUAACCUUUUUUACAACUGAGUAAAAUCUCUUUUUUCACCAAAUCUCCUCAACUAAAAAACACCUGCUACCUCAGAAAGCUUGGUAUCAAUUAGUUGCCUCUUUCUAACACAAGCUUUGCUCUCAAAGUUUGGCAGGUUCUUUGAUAUUAAAGAAGAAAAACAUAAACACAAAAUAUGUAUAUUUAAAGAUUACAUUUGUUUGUAGAGUAAGGCUGUCCUGGUAAUCCCAACCCUGACUUGGGGAGAGAAUAGGUUGAAGAAUAACUACUAAAUACUUUCAAGUGGCAUUUAAAUAAAACGGAUCAGAUUUUACUUUGAUGACCUAAAACAGCAAAUUUGGUUGUUGGUUGUCGACAUUUUAUGCCUUGCUUAACUUUAUUAUAACAUUUAGGAACAAUUAUUCAUACAAGCGUGAACAAAUUGGCAGGUUUAACAUUCCUUAUAAUUAUAAUAAAACCAAAUUGAGUAGAUUCUGACUUCAGUGGCUCAUGGAUAAAUAACAAUAGCAAAAGAGAGAGAGGUUGCUGUAUUUGUGAGUUCACUUGAAGUCUGUAAAAUGACACAAAAACAAGAUAAGCUUAACAACAACAGAUAUUGCUGCAGUGCAAACUGAAAUGAUUGUAAGUGUUCCUUUAGUGGUCUGUGAUGGUGUAUAGUCUGCAGUAGGAGCUUUCAGACAGGCAGAAGUUGUUGUUCUUCAUUUGGCCAAUGGAGGGCAGCACACUUCUCAGCAUCACCCCAGCGAUAUCAAUGCACACCACAACACCAGAGGUGUCUUUACUUCGUAACCUCUUUCUGUAUCUGUGCUUCCUGCCUUAAAUUCGAAGUUGUCAAUAAGCUUAAAUAGAUGCAGAGAAAUUCCAGAGGUUGGUGUUGGAACAAGCGUGUCUUAGAUGUGUGAAUACAGCAAACUGAUUACACAUGGCUGCCUACUCUUACUGCUCACAUCACAGCAUUAUGGUCUUUAAAUGGCAUGGAAACAUGUUAUGCCAUUUAUGUUUUGUGUUUUUGCUUUUUUUAUGUAUAUUAAUUGUUUGGGAGAUUAAAUUGUGUAUAUUUGUAAUUUAUUUGUAAUAAAAAAGAAGUGUGGUGGUUGUGGUGUAAAGAUAAGGUGAA